CUAUUUCUAUUUGGGAUGUCUCAAACUUAUGUCCUUUUGAGAAGUCAAGAUACUCCAAUUUCAUAUGCGGAACAAAGGUCUAGACUGUAUGAUAAGAUGUCAAGGGAUUUGGAUGAGAAUGGGGCAGCUUUUCUUAACCGUGGAGAAACUUCUCAGUCAUUGUCACUUUCAGAUCUCUUCACUCUAAAGGAUGGAUCUGUAACACCUAUCCUCAAGGCUGCCAUCCCUCCUGUGCGAGCUACUGUUUUAUAUCUCAGUCCAGAGUACUCAGUUCCUAUCUCGGAGGCUGUAAGGAGUAUAUUUCUUCCCCACUUUGAGAAAAUGAUCUGGUUUCAGAACUCAACUCUGUACCAUUUUAGCAUGUUCCAUGCCUCGCACAACAUUACACCUGUUCCUGCCACAGAAGAGGAGAUCAAAGCUGAAGUGAAUGCUGUCAAAGCGGUUGCAGAGGAUCUUUGCCCGUUAACAAUUGUCUUAGAUAGGGUGGUUUUGACUUCAACCGGUGUGCUUGUGGGGUGCUGGCAGGUUCUCUCUGGAACAGAUCCUGUAAUCAUUCGUGCUAAAUUGAGAGCUGCUCUUCCUCGUGCCCCUGAAAAACAGCUUUAUGAUGCUGCUAUUCUUCAUACCUCAUUUGCAAGGCUUCUCGGUCAUCCUAAUGCUUCAUCUUCGGAGGCAGAUAAAACUUCAGAAAUUCAAAUUUUUCAUGACCUAGUCACGCAACUAAACAACCAAAUCCAAGGGUUUGAGGCAACAGUCACUGAGCUAUGGUAUGUAGAGGAAUUUGAUGUUUUGGCACUUGCAUUGGAUGGAAAAAUAAAGGUUCGCAAGUUCCAACUUGGCUGCUCGAAAACCUGAGGAAUCCAAAUCUUUACACAAAAACAUAAAUAUACCAGAACUUGCUUCUCCACCAAGAUGAGCUUUUCAAAUAAUUUUCUGGUGUCCCGGUGUGUGUGAUCAGAUAAGUCGAAACUCCAGCAUGUAACCUAUUUAUUUUUUUCACGUGUAUUAUUCAUGUUGUACCAUAUAAAAGGAGUACUAUCAUAGAAUUCCAGGAGUGUUCAUGAAAUUGUCUAGUUAUACAUAUCCGCGUUAUUAUCAUUUGUAUGUAAUUUGAUGAUGUUACAUUAUAAUAGGUUGAUACUUCAUAAGUUAUAUAUGUUAAUUAUGAGAAAUUCAUUCCUCUUCAA